ACCAAAGGAAUUGGGAGGCGUGAUCCCACACACUCAUGCCAUACCAUCAUACAUACCUCUACCAUCACCAUAUGGCAUGGUGCCUAGCCAUUCAUGAUUCGAGACAUUAGAAGGAAUGCCAAAAACGAACGAAUAAGCGAACGAUUUAAAAAUAGCAACAACUCAAAACAUUCAAAUCUUCUGCAGCGUGACAAUGAUGUUUUGAGUGUUUCACUCAGAAUAUUUCGAAUGAAAAUUUUGAGUUUAAAACGGAAAAAAGGGAAAGAAGCAAAAUAAUAUGGAAAUGAAAACGACGACGAAGAUUUUGUCACCAAAUGUUGAAUGAGUGCCGACGACGAUAGACGACGAAGAUUGGGAACAACGACGGUACGCGGCGGAUAGUUUAUUUUGACGACGGGAAAAAUUGCUGACGGGAAAAGUGCGCGUGAAGUUUUUAAAUUACUGAAAAGAAAUCCAAAAUAAAUAAAUUUGAAAUUAAUACUAAAAGUUUUGAAAGAAAAAAUAAAUUUGAAAAAAAAAGAAAUAUUAUGACAAAAUAUCGCAGUACAAAUUUUCAGUGUACCACAGCGGAACAAAGUGAUAGUGUUGUGGCAAUUAAAAAAGAACACAACAGGGAAGAGGAAGAGGAAAACGACUUCAAUAUCCACAAAUCAAUGAUUCAAUAUCAAUUCAAUUCAAGAAUGCAACAACAAAAUGUUGUGCAGCAGCAGCAACAACAACAGCAGCAGCAACACCAACUUCAUCAACAUCAUCGCCAACAGCAGCAACAACUUCAAAAUCAACAGUAUCAACCACAGCAACAACAUCACCACCAUCAUCAUCAACAACAACAACAGCAACAAUUACAUUCAUUCUUAUCCCGCCUACAUAGCGCCUCGAACAAUUGCGAUAACCUGACAAAUUCCAAUAACUUGUCGCCCAACGAUUGCAGUUUUCGCCAUUUCAAUGACACCACCAGCGAAUCCCACAACCUGACACCUUCGCCCAUUUUCACGGAUUACGAUGAAAAUAGUUUAAGCUCGGAGGAGCAUGUCUUGGCGCCGCUCGUCUGUGCGAAUGCCCAAUCGUCAAGACCCUGUCUGACCUGGGCCUGCAAGGCGUGCAAAAAGAAAAGCGUUGCAGUGGAUCGGCGCAAGGCGGCUACAAUGCGUGAACGUCGACGUUUGAGAAAGGUUAAUGAGGCUUUUGAAUUGUUGAAAAGACGUACAUCUUCAAAUCCGAAUCAACGGCUGCCGAAAGUUGAAAUACUGCGCAAUGCUAUUGAGUAUAUCGAAAGUCUAGAGGAUUUGUUGCAGGAAUCGUCGCCAAUUCGUUCAAUGGAUAAUAUAACGGAUUCAAUAAGUGGGAAAUCCUGCCAUCAGGACUACUUGGUAAGUUAA